AUCUGAACUUUACUCAUCCACUUUUAUCAAAUGAUCCCAAAAUCGAAUAAUUCGACACGUCACCAUAACACCGAACAAGAAUAAUCGGGAACUGAAAGGUAUCGUCGGUCCGGUCACACGCGAGAAAACCGGUGAUUGUUUUACGACUGUCCAGUUUACUGUAGUCAGCUGAAACGUUUCUCGCGCAUCGAAUUCGGUAAUCAAUCUCUCUUCGUUCCAGCUUUUGAUCUACUUUUUAUGUAAUUCAUUUGUAUCAUAUCAUGGAUUCGACUUCAAAAAAAUUAGCGAAUAUUUGUGAGGUAGAUAGAAUCAGUGAUUUACCUGACACACUACUCAUCGCUAUACUUGCAUUGCUUCCAAUUGAAACUGCUGUGCGCACUUGUAUAUUGUCGAAAAGAUGGAGGCCUCUCUGCGAGUCGCUCCCGAAUCUUGAUUUUACUGAUGAUAGGAAUUCAGGCAUACAUUUCACCGACUUUGUUGAUAAAUUUUUGAUGCGUAGGCCGAAUGAUUUGAAAAUAGCUAAAUUCCGGUUAUAUUGUUAUCAUGGAGAUUACUACCGGGACCGUGUUAAUGAGUGGAUGAUGAAUGUGCUUGGACGUGAGGUGAAAGAGAUAGACCUUCGUUUUUCGUUUCCAGACUUGUAUAAAUUGGUCCGAGAUUUUUUUUACAUGUGCAGUAGUGUUGAAGUUGUUAUACUCGAUUGGAAAAUGUUAGUUGAGAUUCCGGAGAAUGUUAAGCUUUCGAAGCUUCGUGUACUUAGCUUCAGCGAUGUUACGUUUUCGAGCUAUGAGUCAGUUGAGAAGCUUUUGUUAAACUGUCCUGUACUUGAAGAUUUAUCUAUUGACUACUGUGAAUGGCUUACGGGCAAUUCUUUAAGUAUUUGUGGGUCUGUAUUGAAGAGGUUGUCAUAUUGUCCUAGUUCAGAUGAUUUCGUGCUUCGGACUUUGAUUGAUACACCGAGGUUAGAGAAUCUCGAAAUUCAUUCUUACACAGCCGGUGAUAAUGAUAUUUUGUUCAAGGAGAACCUGCCAUUCCUCAAAGUAGCUGAAAUCGACAUCUGUGAUAUGCCACGAGGAGUUGAUUGCAUGUUUGGGCUGCUUAAAAAGAUUAGUAAUGUCAAAUUUCUGACUUUGUCAGAUAACGCCAUGGGGGUCCUCAGGCCUGCAUAUGAAAAUGAGUUUAUAAUAGGUCAUUAUGAGUUCCCUCCGUUCCAUAACUUAACUGAGUUGGUGCUUAACAUUGAUCUGUACUGUCAUGAAACUUUACUGGACAACUUCCUUCAAAACUCACCGAACCUUGAAACUCUUAAAUUUCCGCAGGGUCUUGUUUGUCGUUUCUUUGAUGAUUCCUUUCACCGCUCGUGGGGCUGGUCACAGUUACGUGUUCCAGAAUGCUUCUCUACACAUCUUAAAACAGUACAUAUUAAAAAAUUCAAUGGAAUAAAUGAGGAGUUAGCAUUUGUGAAGUUCCUGCUAGUUUAUGGGAGUGCUUUGCAAAAUGUAUCAAUUGAAACUUUAAAUUUGUCAAAAGAUGCAGAGGCCCGGCAAGAACUGUUAAACUUACAGCGCGAAUCAACAACUUGCAAGCUUAAUAUUAUAGAUGAAAAUGGGAAAUGCUUCUUAUAAUCAAAAAGUGUAUGAGGUAAAUUUUCUGUAAUAAGCUCUGUUUUUCUUUUAGAUUUUUUUUUUGUUUUUGCUACAAUGUUUUUUUCUCCUGUUAUUUCAGCCUUUCACUGUGGCAUGAAAUAUUAACAAGAUGCAUUGUUUGAGAAUGACAUAUUGUUGAUUGUGUAA